GGAGUAAAAGGAAAAAAAAUCCAAAGCGCUAGCAGUCAGUCGUAGCUCUCGGACAACAAAGUACCACGAUGAGCUUCUCCGCUGCUGCAUUAGACUCCGCAAAAAGCCCUAGAUUUCCCCCCUUCCCCCAAUCAACCACCUCAAUUUGAAUCUGUAAUUUUUUAUUUUUUUUGUUGUAAUUAGUUCGAGUUUAUUUACUGUACGAUUAAUUUCAUGGAUGCUGCAGCAGCGGCCGCCGCCGCCGCCGCAUCUGAAACCCGAUUCUUCAAUCGGUCUAUUCUGAUUAGCAGUUCAAAACCCUCGUUCCUCGUUCUUCGCUAUCCCAAUGUGAAGUUAUCCUCCAAAUUUCCGUACAAAAAGCUCCGCUGCAAUGCCUGUUGUACUCCGCCGCCGUACAGCCCACCAAUAUUUUGCUUCAACUCAAAUAAAUUAGUUCCCAUUCGUUUGGAUUCCGUUAGGACUAGUUGUACGAACGAUACCGUUAAUAGUUCUGUUGCGGCCGUGGAUUUUGAGGAGGUUUUGGUGAGGAGAAGGCUGGCGAUUGCCGCGGCGGCGAUUGGGGUGGUUGUGUUAUUGGGUUGCCGGAGAGCAUUGGCGAUGGAGGAUGUUAUGAGUGCGGGAUAUGGGGUUUGGGAGCGGAGUUUGUUGUCUUUGAGGAACUCAUGGCCUAAGGUUUUGCAGGUUUUGAAGGUUUUCAGAGAGCAGGGUUUGGUUCUUGCCUUUCUGUUGGGCCUCUCAGCUUUUUUCUCGAUGGCAGAGACUUCCAUUACCACACUUUGGCCUUGGAAGGUGCGAGAAUUGGCUGCUAAAGAGUCUGAGAACGGGGUGUUCAAAAUGCUACGCAACGAUGUUACUCGUUUCCUGACAACAAUUCUGAUUGGCACCACAGUGGUGAAUAUUGGUGCUACAGCAUUAGUCACGGAAGCCGCAACAACAAUAUUUGGCGAAGCUGGUAUCAGUGCCGCAACUGGAGUUAUGACAGUUGCUAUUCUACUCCUGACUGAAAUUACUCCGAAAAGUAUAGCUGUUCACAAUGCCACUGAGGUUGCUAGGUUUGUGGUCAGGCCAGUGGCAUGGCUUUCGCUGGUACUGUAUCCUGUUGGCAAAGUGGUAACAUAUCUGUCAAUGGGAAUGCUGAAAUUAUUAGGUCUGAAAGGGAGAAGUGAACCAUAUGUAACUGAAGAUGAACUAAAACUGAUGGUACGCGGAGCAGAGUCAAGCGGGGCAAUCGAGGAGGAAGAACAGGAUAUGAUUGAAAAUGUGUUGGAGAUAAAAGACACACAUGUCAGAGAGGUGAUGACACCGCUUGUUGAUGUUGUUGCCAUAGAUGCUGGUGCAACUCUUGUUGAUUUCCAUAAUUCAUGGGUGGAUCAUCAGUAUUCCAGGGUCCCUGUCUUUGAGGAGCGAAUUGACAACAUAGUUGGUAUUGCAUAUGCGAUGGAUCUUCUGGAUUUCGUACAAAAGGGGGAACUUCUAGAAAGUUCUAUGGUGGGAGAUAUGGCGCACAAACCUGCAUACUUUGUUCCUGAUUCAAUGUCUGUAUGGAAUCUUCUUAGAGAGUUUCGCAUCAGGAAGGUACACAUGGCUGUUGUUCUAAACGAAUAUGGAGGAACUGUUGGUAUAGUGACCCUUGAAGACGUAGUUGAAGAAAUUGUUGGUGAAAUUUUUGAUGAAAAUGAUUCGAAGGAGGAAAUACAGAAAAAAACUGGCUAUAUUGUCAUGCGUGAUGAGGGCAUAUAUGACGUGGAUGCUAACACGUCUAUCGAUCAGCUCUCGGAAGAUCUUACCAUUAAAAUGCCAGAGGGUCAUCAGUACGAAACAGUUUCAGGGUUUGUCUGUGAGGCAUUUGGAUAUAUACCAAGGACAGGCGAGACUAUAAAAGUGGUCCUUGAAAGAGAAAUUCGAGAAGAUCAUGGUGAUUACGAUGGCACAGAAUCUGAUCGUAGAAAAGAAAAGGAGAAGACGCAAAUAUAUAAGCUUGAGAUAUUAGCAGGGAACGCGAGAAAGGUGAGUGCAGUUCGAUUUGAAAGAAUAAACAAUGAAGAGGCAUCGGUAGAGGCGAAAGAGGUAACUCGUUUUAUGCCCAAAAUCAUGAAAAGGAGAUCUAGCGAGGAAGGCGAAGAUGAAUUAGAUAGUAUAGAGAGUGAUGAGGAUGAGGUCCCGUUUGGCAAAAUAGCAAACGAUUAUGUAAUGACUGUACAGGAAGACUCUAAUGAUCAAGUAAUUAAACAGUAGUGUUGUUUCAUUCUUUUUUUUUUUUUUUAGACCAAACAAAAAAGAGUAGUUUUGAAUUAUAAAAAAAACUGCAAUUUCUGUAUUGGUGUAGUUGCAAAUGAACUUUUAGAGCUGAAGAAGUGUUGAAAUACGAACACCAUUGUGGUUUUUUUGGCUCUUGAAGAUGAAAUCGAGUUAAAUUGUUUUA